GGUGCUAUUGUAGCUCCGCAUUGCUUCUGACAUUCAGCCCAAUCUAUUCCUCGUCGUUCCAAUCUACUACAUACUUCUUUCUUAUCCAACUCAAAUCCUAGCCUCUAGCCAUCAUUACUACCAAUUGUCUCUCCCUAGUCUACCGUGCAGCAUGUCCGGGAAAUACGUAUUUGUCAAAGGCCUCAAAGAGCUGCGGUUCCACUUUUGCCAGACCUCUGAGCACAGUGCUAACACGCGGGCAUUCCUCCUCCGCGCGUAUCCCACAAUGAAGCAUCACAAUCCCCAUACGCCAAUCAUGUUGCGCGAGGCGCUUGGUGUAGAGCCCAGAGUGUUUGCACGAUACGAAUUCGGCAAAGAAAAGAAAGAAGCACUGAUAGGACUCACGGACAAGGAAAUUGAAGAAAAAGUCAAAGGACUCGUCAAGACCGAGCUGCCGCCACUAACAUCAUGAGAAAGUCAAUCAUGCAUAUCGGAGUAUUUUCCACACUUCUCCUGUCAAUUGACGACGACGCGUCAUGAGGUUUUUUUGUGCGACUGGCAUGACUCGGAUCGAAUCGUCUGGCUAGGCAUUCGCGUCUGGUUUAGCAUUCUACGUUUCCUUUUUUAUGUGCAUGAUUGGGUUCCUGUGAUGAACGAGACAUUUUCAUUUUAACAUUUCUCAUUAUUCUGAAGAUUCUACUAGACUUAGCGACAGCAAUAUAUCAUGCAUCUGCAG